CUCCUCUUCUUCUUCUUCUUCUUCCUCCUCCUCCUCCUCUUCCUCCUCUUCCAUCACCACCGUGAUGAGGCAGCAUCAGCAUCAACAUCUUCCUCAGUGAUGGAGUCGCAAAUCACGCCGCCGCGACGCCUCCCGCCAUCUCUUCGGACCUUUUUUCCUCGCGCGUAAGAACACACGCACGCAAAGGAGCGGCGAGGAGUGUUGCGUGUGCGUGUGCGUGGAUGGGAACGAUGAGCGAGGACGAGACCGGCCCGCGUGCGGCGCACGCGAGCGCGCACAAAGCCUUGCAGCAGUGCGAGCUGGUGCAGAACAUGAUCGACAUCAGCAUCUCCAGCCUGGAGGGCUUGAGGACCAAAUGUGCCACAUCCAACGACUUGACGCAGAAGGAGAUGCGCACGCUCGAGGGCAAGCUGGUGAAAUAUUUCAGCCGGCAGCUGUCGUGCAAGCGCAAAGUGGCCUUGGAGGAACGCGGCGCCGAGCUGGACGACUUCCCUCGCCUCGGCCACUGGUUCCGCAUCGUCAACCUGAGGAAGGAGGUCACGCAGGACAUGAGCCCCGCCGGGGUGACGCUGGAGGGUCUCCUGGACAUGAGCGAGCAGCAAGUGUGCGAAUUGCUGCAAAAAUUCGGCGCCAACGGGGAGGAAUGUGCCCGCCUCAACGCCUCGCUGGCCAGCCUCAGGAAAGCGCAUAAGCUCGAACAACUUGAGGAGGAUAAGUUGCACAGUAACGGAGGAAGCCAGGCCAAGCAGGAUUGGUCCAUCCAGUGGCCCACUUCCGAGUCGGGCAAGGAGAACACGCCCGUGUGCCAGCCGGAGCCCAGCCAGUGGAUCCGCUUGCAGCUGUCCCAAAGUCCCAAAGUCCAGUCCAAAUACAACCAGCACACGUGCCGCAGCCCCCAGGCCCCGGCGGUCCCCCCCUUGUACGCCGAGCGCCUGACGGCGGACGCCCCUUUCGGGGGACCGCCGCCGCCGCCCGCCUCGGACGGCGGCCACCGCUCGCUGCCGCCCUCGCCCCGCCAGAGACACUUCGGCCACGCGCCCCCCCGGACUCCGCUGGUGUUCAACACCAUGACGCCGCCCGGCACGCCGCCCGUCAGGCGCAGGAACAAAGUCAAAGCGCCGGGCACGCCGCCGCCCCCCAGCCGCAAGCUCAUCCACCUCCUGCCGGGCUUCACCGCGCUGCACCGCAGCAAAUCGCACGAGUUCCAGCUGGGAAACCGACUGGACGACACGCACACGCCCAAAGCCAAGAAGAAGAGCAAGCCCUUGAACCUUAAGAUCCACAGCAGCGUGGGCAGCUGCGAGAACUUGCCCACCUUCCUACCCGGCCAGCGCUCGCCUCUGCACUGCACCGAGCGCUCCCUCAGAUCCUUCUUCUUCCCCUCCUUCGUGCCCUCCACGCCACCCGUGCACACCGAAACGCCCUCUGCAAACACUCUGUCAGUGCCUCGCUGGUCCCCGCAGAUCCCCCGAAGAGAUCUGGGAAACUCCAUCAAACACAGAUUUUCCACCAAGUACUGGAUGUCGCAGACAUGCACCGUGUGUGGGAAGGGAAUGCUGUUUGGACUCAAAUGUAAAAACUGCAAGCUGAAGUGCCACAACAAAUGCACCAAAGAAGCUCCGCCCUGCCAUCUACUCAUCAUCCAGCGAGGCGGCCGAGAAUCCCUCAAAGACCACCAAGGAGUAAUUCAAGUCGCUCGACUGGUGCGAACCGAGUCGGUGCCGUGCGACAUCAACAACCCGCUCAGGUACAGCGACCUGCACGUCAGUCAGACUCUGCCCAAAACCAACAAAAUCAACAAGGAUCCCAUUUCCCUGCCGUAUCAGCCGGACUCCAGCAGCAACCCGUCGUCCACCACCUCGUCCACGCCGUCGUCUCCCGCGCCGCCGCCGCCUAGCAGCGCCACGCCUCCCUCGCCGCUGCACCCCUCGCCGCAGUCGGCGCGGCAACAGAAGCACUUCAACCUGACCGCGUCCAGUUACUUCAAAUAUAAACAGCAGUUCAUAUUUCCAGACGUCACACCGGAGGCUCCUCCUAGCAGAGCGCCGCAAGUCAUCCUGCAUCCAGUCCUGUCGGAACCGGGCAACGAGGGAAACCCUCUGCUUCAGAUCGAAGUGGAGCCGACUUCCGACAACGAGGAGGGCAACGACGAGGAAUCGGGCGACGAGUUUGAGGAGAUGAACCUGUCGCUGCUGUCGGCCCGCAACUUCCCGCGCAAGGCCAGCCAGACCAGCAUUUUCCUGCAGGAGUGGGACAUCCCCUUCGAGCAGCUGGAGAUAGGCGAAAUGAUCGGCAAGGGUCGCUUCGGCAAAGUUUUCCACGGGCGCUGGCACGGCGAAGUGGCCAUCCGCCUCAUCGACAUCGAGCGCGACAACGAGGACCAACUCAAGGCCUUCAAGCGCGAGGUGAUGGCCUACCGCAACACGCGUCACGAGAACGUGGUCCUCUUCAUGGGUGCCUGCAUGAGUCCGCCGCAUCUGGCCAUCAUCACCAGCCUGUGCAAAGGCAGAACGCUUUAUUCGGUGGUGCGCGACGUCAAGGUCGUCCUGGACGCCAACAAGACGCGACAAAUCGCACAAGAGAUGGUGAAGGGCAUGGGCUACCUCCACGCUAAAGGCAUCCUCCACAAGGACAUGAAGUCCAAGAACGUCUUUUACGACAACGGCAAAGUGGUCAUCACCGAUUUCGGCCUCUUCACCAUCUCGGGGGUUCUGCAAGCCGGCAGUCGGAGAGAAGACAAGCUGAAGAUCCCGAGCGGCUGGUUGUGUCACCUGGCUCCGGAAAUCAUCCGGCAGCUCUCUCCCAACACCGAGGAGGACAAGCUGCCUUUCUCCAAACAGUCCGACGUCUUUGCGUUCGGCACCAUUUGGUUUGAGCUGCACGCCCGCGAAUGGCCUUACAAGAGUCAGCCGGCGGAGGUCAUCAUGUGGCAGGUCGGCAGCGGGGUCAAGCCCAGCCUGGCCCACGCCGGCAUGGGCAAGGAGAUCCUGGACAUUUUGCUGCUGUGCUGGGCCUUGGAGCAGGACGAGCGUCCCAGCUUCUCCAAACUGGUGGAGCUGCUGGAGAAACUGCCCAAGCGCAACCGCCGCCUUUCGCACCCGGGACACUUCUGGAAGUCGGCGGAGUACGUCAAGUGAGCGCGCCGCAAAGAUUAACAAAACAAAAAGAAAAC